CCCGGAAGCUCCCCUGGCGGCCGUGGGUCCCUUCCACUCGGUCCCGGGCACCCGCGCCGCCUGCUGCACACGGCUCCUUCGUACUCCUGGUCCAGUCAGUCUGCCUCAGGACCCGGCCCUGGCGCUAGCCAACCUGCCAUGGAGGGGGACGGCCCUGAUGCCGCCGCCCGGUACCAGCCGGCCAGCCCUCCGCGGGACGCCUGCGUCUACAGCAGCUGCUACUGUGAAGAAAAUAUUUGGAAGCUCUGUGAAUACAUCAAAAAUCACGACCAGUAUCCUUUGGAAGAGUGUUAUGCUGUCUUCAUAUCUAACGAGAAGAAGAUGAUACCUAUCUGGAAACAGCAGGCGAGACCUGGCAAUGGACCUGUGAUCUGGGAUUACCAUGUUGUUUUGCUUCAUGUGUCAAGUGGAGGCCAGAGCUUCAUUUAUGAUCUUGACACCGUCUUGCCAUUUCCCUGCCCCUUUGACACUUACGUUGAAGAAGCGUUUAAGUCUGAGGAUGAAAUUCAUCCCCAGUUUAGGAGGAAGUUUAGAGCAAUCCGAGCAGAUUUAUAUUUGAAGAACUUUGCUUCUGACCGGUCUCACAUGAAAGACUCCAGUGGAAACUGGAGAGAACCUCCUCCACCAUAUCCCUGCAUUGAAACUGGAGAUUCUAAAAUGAACCUGAAUGAUUUUAUCAGUAUGGAUCCUGAGGUAGGAUGGGGAGCUGUCUACACACUGUCUGAAUUCACACAUCGAUUUGGCAGUCAAAACUACUGAACUUGACAUCAAGAUGUGGAACUGUGGAGAAAUUCUAGUUUAUGAACAAGAACAAGCUAUCUUCUUUUAGGACAGAAAUAUGGUGCAGUUGGCUGGAAUUAUUUUAUUAUUAUUAUUUUUGCCAGAGGCUGUGCACACUCUCCAGAGAGAAGUAGGAGGAGAAAGCACCUCACAG